AUGUCAGACGGCGGGCGCGUCGUCGUCGACCUGGUGGCAGCCGAGCGAUGGGACCUGGGCAAAGUCGAUGCUGGCCCACGCUGGGAGGUCCAGGAUCCAACCCAGGUUCCCAAACGCUCCCUCGUGCGCUAUGAGGUGGAUUUGAGCACCAAGACCUUCACGAAGCGGAGUCUUUGCGAUCGACAUCUGGGCUUCACCAGCGUCAACCCGGCCUACAACGGCAAGAAGCACAGGUUUGUCUUCGCCGCCGUGGCUCACAGCGAUGUGGGUCCAUAUGGUGGGGUUGCCAAGAUCGACGUGGAGAGCGGCGAGAUAGAUGAGUGGCUAGGAGGAGCUUCUGAGUUCUUUGGAGAGCCCCUGUUUGUUCCAAAGGAAGGACUCGAUGGGGAGGAGGAUGGUUACCUGAUUUCUGUGAGCUUCGAUGGCCAGGAGGACAAGAGCUCGGUACUCAUUUUCGAUGCAAAGUCCAUCUCUCAAGGGCCGGUGUGUCAGUUCCCGCUGCAGACAGCUGUACCUUAUGGGCUCAAAGCCUGCUGGGUGCCUGAUCUGGCCUACACGCCAGAGGAGAUGAAGCGGAAGACUACUUUAUUGAGGAUGUUUGUGAAGAAGUCCACCGAAUGGAAUGCCAUGGAGAUGGGCUUCUCCUCUUUCGGAGGGCAGGCGCUCUUCCAGAAGCAAGGUGUCAAGAUGCGAUGA